UUCUGCUGGAAAACGAAUAAAGGAUUGUGCCUUUCUUUACUACCUUUGAACAUAACCAAAAGCCUAUUCGCCUACACCAUUGGAUAUAUUGUUCUGUUUCAUGUUCCUUUCACGUGAUGGCCUAGCUAUCGAAGAUCCUUAUCUAAUGUCCUUUUCACAGGAACAAGAAACGGUUGACUUUCGUUUCUGUUUGCCUGCUCGACGACAACCGACACGGAACUUGUUCCGGCAAGUUGUGACAACCAGCACCCUGUCAAUCAAGUUUCCAAUACGGAAUGCUUGAAAUGUCCAAUAUGCGCACCGAGAUGGGUACAGACACACCCUAAAUUGGCGCACUUAAGUUUCGUUUCCCAAAAAAUUCUAGGCACUGCAUUAUAUAACCCUGACCCAGUCUUUUCCCCUGCAGUCACUGAUACAGUCCCUGAGGAACCAUGGAUCUUGUUACCAUUAUUGCGGUCACAACAGGAGCAGCAGCAGCAGCAGGGGGAGCGGUGGUCUUGGCUCCAGUUGCCCUAGGAGCUGUAGGGUUUACUGCCACUGGCAUCGCCGCAAACUCUAUUGCAGCCGUCAUGAUGUCAUCGGCAGCCACGGCAAGUGGCGGUGGUGUGUUGGCUGGAAGCAUCGUUGCUGUUCUGCAGUCGGCAGGUGCAGCAGGGUUAGCUGGGUCUACAACCGCAGUGGUGGCUGGUGUUGGAGGAGCAGUGGGAUGGCUCACCGCUACAGCAGCUGCACUCAUCUGAUCCAAAUAUUGAUGAUUGAUAGCCGUCUUGGGACAGCUCUCUUGUCAAAGACAAUUUUAAUCACAAAGAUCACCUCUUUAAAUAUAUAUAUAUUUUUAAUCCUUUAUUUAGGGAUACAUAUAAACACUAGAUAAGACGGUGAAGGAAUGCUUUGUGUUUAAGAAAUUGUUAUAUUGAAGUUCAUAUCUGCAAUAUUGUGUGCAAUGAAGGCAAAUUAUGACUGACUUGUUCUGUUUGGACAUCUUGCUCAGCUGCACUUUCAAGCCCAGGGCUUUUUUUUUUACCUUACUUUCUACUUUUUUAUAUUUCAGUUUAAUACCUUCUUUAUCUCAAUCAAAGGUCAGGUGUUGCCAGAUAUAAUGUAAACAUUUGUCUGGUGUCUUUGUCUCCACAUACACUAUGUGUCAGCUAGGGAUGGAAAUUAGUUUAGUCUUUGCAACAUGAUGUUUUCCAAUUGAGUUGAGUAGGCGGCUUUCUUAAAAUCUGUACCUCACUGGUCUGUUGUACAGUGCAGUGGUGUAAAGUACUUAAGUAAAAAUACUUAAAAUACUACUUAAGAACUUUUUUGGAGUAUCUGUAAUUUACUAUUUAUAUUUUUGCUAACUUGUACUUUUACUUCACUACAUUCCUAAAGAAAAUAAUGUACUUUUUACUCCUUACAUUUUCCCUGAUACCAAAAGUACUUGUUACAUUUUGACAGGAAAAUAGCCCAAUUCACACACUUAUCAAGAGAACCUCCCUGGUCAUCCCUACUGCCUCUGAUCUGGCGGACUCACUAAACACAAAUGCUUAAUUUAAUAUAAGGAAUUUGAAAUGGUUUGUACUCUUACUUUUGAUACUUAAGUACAUUUUAGCAAUUCCAUUUACUUUUGAUACUUAAUUAUAUUUAAAACCAAAUACUUUUAGACUUUGACUGCGCCUCUGAAGCCCUCAAAUAAAGAUCCACAGAGAUUGUGGAGAUAUUGCAAAAUCACCUAUCACCUAAACCACUCCUCAUCGCGGAACGUUUUCGUUUCCACAAGAGAGAUCAGAAUGAGGGUGAGGGUGUUAGUACAUAUGUAGCAGAGUUGAAGAAACUGUCUGAACAUUGCCAGUUUGGAGAGAACCUAAAUGACACAUUAAGAGAUAUAUUUGUUUGUGGACUGAAACAUGAACACAUUCAAAAACGUUUGCUCACAGAAUCAGAUAUCACGUUUGCAAAGGCUGUUGAAAUUGCUGGGACUAUGGAAAUCGCGACGAAAGAUGCAUUUGAGUUGCAAAGUAAAAGAAAUACUGACCUAUCACAAACUUCCCUGCACAAGUUUUCACGCAGCCGACAGCGCCCCCGUGUGGCCGAAAAAUGCAACAGGUGUGACAGAGAUGGUCACAGAGCAGAGGACUGCCGUUUCAAAGACGAAAUUUGUCACAAAUGCAGUAGAAGGGGGCACAUUCAAAGAGCAUGCAGAGCAAAAUUCAGUCACAACAGGAAAACUGAGAAAAUUAAAGGGUCUGUGAAUGCACUAGCAGAGAACAGUGGCAGUGAUUCAGAUGAACGAUUAAUUGGUACAUUGGAGUUAAACACAGUGACUUCUCCCAACAGUAGCAUAAUAUGGGUGACACCAGAUAUCGAAGGCAAACCCCUCAAAAUGGAGCUGGACACAGGAUCUGCAGUGUCUAUAAUUUCCACUACUGUCUACAAUGAGCACUUCAAGGCUAUCAAGCUGAAGAACACAAAUGUGUUGCUGAAGACCUACUCAGGAGAGAGAUUGAGCCCAAUGGGGGCGUUGCAGGUCAGAGUGAGUUAUGGGUGGCAAACACAGCAGUUACAGCUGUAUGUGGUGCCUGGAACUGGCCCCCCAUUAUUUGGCAGGGAAUGGCUUUCAAAAAUAAAGCUGAACUGGUGUGAUUUGAAAAUGCUCCACACGUUCCAGUCCAAAGAGAAAGACACAGACCAAACACUGGAACACUUGCGGAAGAAAUACAACACAGUUUUCAGUGAUCAGAUGGGAACAGUAAAAGGCUUCACAGCUAAACUUGUACUGAGAGAUGACGCAACCCCAAAAUUCUGCAAAGUCAGAUCUGUUCCAUACUCCCUGAGACCAAAUCGAUCGCUUGCAGGAUACAGGGAUCCUGACGAAAGUGGACAGAAGCGAAUGGGCCACACCCAUAGUUCCUAUUGUGAAGAAAGACGGGUCUGUUAGAAUGUGUGGGGACUUCAAGGUAACUGUGAAUUCAAUGUUGCAUGUGGACCAAUACCCCUUGCCACAUCUGGAGGACAUCUUUGCUGCACUAGCUGGUGGGAAACACUUCAGUAAAAUCGAUCUGAAACAGGCUUACCUGCAGCUACCGGUUGAAGAGAGCUCCAAACAGUACCUGACAAUAAACACACACAAAGGUCUAUAGAGGUAUAACCGCCUGGUUUUUGGCAUCGCAUCGGCCCCAGCCAUUUGGCAACGAACUAUUGACCAGAUUUUGCAAGGAAUCCCAGGAACCCAGUGUAUACUGGAUGACAUGAUCAUAACAGGACGCACCGACAAAGAACACCUGGCUAACCUGGAAGAGGUCCUGAAAAGACUGAAAGAGUAUGGUCUACAGGCAAACUUACAGAAGUGUGAGUUCUUCAAAGACAAGAUUGUCUUCUGUGGACAUGAAAUUGACCGCAAUGGAUUGCACAAAACACAGGACAAAAUCGAGGCAGUGGUACAGGCACCACGACCACAAAAUAUCACAGAAGUGAGAUAUUUUGCGGGACUGAUCAAUUACUACAGAAGAUUCCUCCCAAACCUUUCAGCAGUACUCCAGCCUCUAAAUCAGCUCCUGGAAAAGAAUAGGACAUGGCGGUGGACAGAACAGUGUGAAAAUGCAUUUCUUAAGGCAAAACGGCUCAUCACAUCUGAACAGGUCCUG